AUGGACGCUCGACUGAAUGCAGCAUUGCAGAUAGCUCGCAGUCGUGGCUUCGUCAAAGAAGGCGAUCAAAUCGUGAUUGUGACUGGCUGGGCAUCCGGACACAGCUCCACAAAUACGGUACGCGUCCAUCAAGUUCCAAAAGCUGAAACCAAGUUACAGGUGGUGUGCUCCUCGUCUUGUCUGACCAGUCGCUAG